CAUUUCUGUCAUUAAUAUGUCAAAAUUUGACAAAACUCAUAGCAACUCAUCUGGUUAUUUAAAAAUUUAAACCUGUAACUAUUAAAUACCAUGUAUAAAGCUGGGAGCACAUCAUCGAAAUCAGUGACACAUUUCUCUACUUAUGAUGAUGAUGACUAUGAGGAUGAACCUUCAGGAGAAUCUUCCAUAAACUGGAGUAAUCUGAUCUUUCUACCAUUUCAUCCUGUUUUCAAAUUCCUUGUUCUGUUAUCUGUGAUUGCGAAAAGCACGUUUGGUCCUCUACAAGCAGUUUACCCUAUUAUCUAUUGUUCGGAUGUCCUCGAUUAUAAUAUAUAUUUAUUUUUAUUAAAGUAUUUUUAUAUGUAUUGCUCUGACGUCAUCUACGGCAUUGAUACUUGUCUGCAUAUAAUGCAUAGGCAAGUUACGGAUGAGGCAAUGAGACGAGAGUUUUUGCCUAAAUCAGCUUUUUUACUUUUAAUUGAUUUAUUGUGCAUAAUACCAUUCUUUCACCUCAUGAGCAAUGUUGUUUGUACAGAGGUUGAAUACUGGCCGAAUAUGUUGUCUUUCAUUGAGUUUAUAACAAUCUAUAGAGUGGCAGAAUAUUUUUCUCUGCUAACCACACAUGAUAAUAUUAAACUCUGUGUCGGUUAUACGAUUAUGAAUAUUAUUACGGUCAAUUGUAUCACGUGUGUGUUAAUGUUGAUGACAUAUGUAGGGCUCUGUGAUACAUGUACUAGUACGGGCUAUUACAAAGAUUGGAGGAAAUAUAUCAUGUAUAAGCUCAACGAAACGGAUGAAACGUUAACAACUUAUGUUUACGGAGCUUCGUUUAUUUUCUUCUUUCCCGUAAAUUAUAUGUUCGAUGAAAUUAAAGCCUCUACUUUAGUGGAAUAUGCCUUCUUCAGUGCAUUAAUGAUAUUUUUCUACCUCAUCUCAACUUUUGUCAUAUUUCCAAAAAUGAUUGCUGAAUCUUUAUUAAAGUUACAUUGUAUCUUUUCGUUUCACCCACGAGUACAAAUUAUAAUAGGCGAGGCAAAACGAAGGAAUCCAUCUCCAAAAGCGUACAUUGAUGUGAAAAAUUUUUACGCGCUAAUGUGGAAGAAACACGAUGGUAUAACCCGACUUCCUAAUAUAAUGUCGGAAUUACCUCGAUAUUUGAGAGUGGAAAUCAAACAGGAUCUCGUUUGGGCUGUGUUUUACCAUAGUCCAACUUUGAGAAGAACAUCUCGAGCAUUCCAGAAGUGGUUAUGUGAUUUCAUACAUUUAGAUUACAAAUUACCAGGGUCAAGGUUUUUUGUCGGUCCUCACUGUCAAUCACACUUGUAUUACAUAAAGACUGGUAUAGUUCAACUGAUUUCAACGGACGAUGGUAUCACUCCUAUAAUUUCAUUCACGAGCGGUACUAUUAUAGGAGACAUAAGUUUCUUCUUGUCACCUGCAAAGCGAAUUGUUAUGGUGCGAUGUCUUACGUACUGUGAAGUAUAUUAUUUACCCCGAGCGGAUAUUCUGAAAGCUCUGCACAAGUUCCCAGUAGACAGGAAAGCAAUAUUACAACGCGUGAAGGAUAAAAUAAAGCACGCUCAUACGCUUUAUUCGUGUAAAAAGCACGUAAGAGGAUUGGAUAGGGCUGAAGAUGAAGGUAUUGCUUGGCUAAAAAAACGAUGGUGGGAGAUAUCGGAGGUUGUAUCGCAUUUCAACUUGCCAGAAGAUCAGCACUCUAAACCUUCUUUAAAAUUAUCAGCGGAAGAAGUAGUCUACCAUUGCCCGAAAUAUCUUGGUCAAUUAGUUUUGUGCACAGAUGGAGAAUUGAGGAAGCACUCUUUGUUCGCAAGCGUUCGUUUUCCGAUACUUCUACUUCCUAAUUCUAGUUUUAGUGUUGUAUGGAACAGAAUUGUUGUCGCUACGGUUUUCCUCGUUCUUAUAUUCUAUCCGCCUAAUAUUACAAGGCCGGAUGUUCCGGUUUGGUUUAAUUUCUUUCAAUUUUGGGUUGAUAUAGUUUAUUUGGCUGAUGUAUGCGUGUCGUUAAUAACAACAAUGGAAAAUCAGGAAACGGGUAGAGUUUACUUCGCAUCUGUGAUGUUUGCUCGCUUUAAAAGCGUCUGGUUUUUCAUUGAUAUUUUGUCAGCCACUUGGUUCGAGACUUACGUGAUGCUGAUCGGGAUGCCUCAAUACUAUUACACGGUGCAGUUUAAUCGACUGUUAAAAAUAUACGUCCUCUUUCCUAACUGGAGUUUUGGAAAAGAUCCAUUGAUUCACGUAAUUCUUAAAGUUUGUUUAAUUCACUUAAUUUUUGUGUACAUAAUGAGCUACUUAACGCUUGCAUUGAUAACUAUAAUUCCCGAUUUGAGUCUUGUUAAUUUCUAUGGUGAUGUAUUUUGUGAUUGGGGAGUACCUAAAAACAAAUGUAUUUACGAAGUUCGUCAUGUGUUCGAAAUAUUUCUAGCAUGGGUUUUGGAAUUUCUUUUUUCCCAUAACACAACACAAAACUUAACAGAUGUUUACGUGUCAACUGUAACUAUUUAUUGUGGAUUUUUAAUCUUUAUCUAUUGUAAAACAUCUUUGAUUGGUAUAUUCCAUGCAUACAAUACAGGAGUAUCCAAGUAUCAAUUCUUCGUGAUCAAUGUCACGAAUAAUUAUAAGCAAUUUAAAAUACACCCGGAAUUAUUGAGACGUUUGAAUCGGUAUAUGAAAUGCCAUUGGAAAUAUUAUAAAGGAAUGGAUGUUUUAUAUCCAAAUAUAUUAAAAAAUGAACCAUACGACAUAUACUGGAAAGUACACGGGGAAGUAGCAGAGAAAAUAAUAAGGCAGUCCCUGCCUUUUCAAAUGGCCGAUAAUGGUCUUAUCAGGGAACUUGCUUACAACGCUAAGUUUAUCUUGCUUCCAAAACUAUCUACUGUUAUUAUUUUUGGUCUGCAACCGAAAAAUGUAACGUGGCUUGUUCAAGGUUACAUUAAAAGUGAAUAUAACAAUGAAGGUGAAUUAGUCAGAAGUAUGUACAAGCCGGGCGACUUGCUUGCCUUCCCUUCGGUCUUUUUUAAUAAACCACCGUUUAGAACUUACAUGGCAUAUACUGAAUGUGAGGUCCUAUUUAUAAACAGAUCGGCCUUCUUUAAAAUUUUAGAGCGGUACCCACUUGAGUGGUCAAUUUUCAAAAAUUGCAUGGAAGAAUUUAAGUCGAGAUUUGGUGAAAUGACACAAGGUUUUAUUGAAACUCAUAGAGAAAUUCAGAAGAAGCAUCGUCGACUUUUUCACUCCAAGCAUGACGAAAGACACACUAACCAACCUAAUGAAACAAGUGUAUCACAACGUUUAACGAUGAUUAGUAUAACGCCUACUUCACCAUUCUGGCAUUACUGGAUGCUCCUACGAGUUAUAGUUGUGUGUGUAUCAAUUAUUUCAAGAUCUUUACAAGGUGGCAUUGGAGCUUAUUGGCGAUCGCCAUUGAUGAUUGCAGGAGCAUUUUGCGACGGCGUCGGACUGAUCGAUAUCAUUUUGAAGCUAUUUAUGCCUUAUUACGAUCAUCGAGGACUUCUUAUAACUGAUUUUAGAUGUUGCCUCAGACACUAUUUAACGGGCACAUUUCUCAUGGAUGCUAUUGGACUAUUACCCAUAUAUGAAAUAUACAUUGUGGUGAUGAGUAAAGUCGUUGAAGAUGACGAUGCCUUGAUUAUAAAUACAUUCAGUCGUUUUGCACAUUUGUAUAUAGUGAUUGGAUAUUUUGAUUACUUGGCUGAUACUCCGACUGCCAAUAUUGCUUAUAUUAUGAUGUUUAAAUGGCAAUUGAUAUCUGUUCUCGUGAUGUUUGCCGUCAGCCAUUACUUUAUCAAGAUCUGUAUUAACUUUAACUGGGAUGCUAACGGAGGGUUCAUCAACGCUACUCUUAUAAGCAGAUGUUGGUUGCCAAGUCACACUGUGUUUGAUAAUAAUACUGUCACCUAUGACGGUAUCGGUAUGAUAUUCGCGCAAAGUUUGAAUUUCGCCCAAAAUGGACUACUUAGAAUUGAUUUGGGGAAUUUUGAAGAAACUCGAAAAGAUAUUGGAACGUCUAUCGUUUUGUUGUUGCUUGGAUGUAGUUUUUGGUUCGUACUUUGUUAUAAUCUCACUUUAUUGGUAUUACAUUUCCGUGGGAAUACAAUCUACCAGCAUGGAGUUUUUCAACUAAAAAGAUUCCUAGAGGCAGAAAGAGUUGACGAGAAACUUAUUGAUUAUGCUCAAGAACAUUUCAAAUACAUUUGGAAAAGGACCAAAGGAACUGAUGUACACAACUUGAUGAGUGAUCGUAUUGGUGUCGCUUUCAGACAAGAUUUAAGCUAUUACUUUUAUAAACAAACAUUUACAGCGCUCAAUAGUGUUCUACAAGGUGGUGAGCAGUUGGAAAGAAAUAUGGCGGCUGCUUCUAGACAGAUGUACUUCUUGCCUGGCCAAGAGUUACUGAGAGAGAUGGAUCUAACACCGUGGGUGUGUGUGGUUCAUCGUGGUAAUAUUAUUGUGAAGAGGAAUGAAGAAAAAUUGGCGGUGCUAGAGAAGGGUGCAAUAUUUGGUCAACUGGAUGGAAUUAAGCCGCGGCCAGUGCGUGUGUCGGCUGAAGCAGAUGGUUAUGCAGAUGUACUAGUGAUACCUAUUGCGGAUUUCCAAGAAGCUCUCAAUCAUGAUGCAAGAGCCAACUUGGAACGUCAUAUAAAACAAGACUUUAUGGCACUAAACAAACCGGUAGUCGAGGAUCCACAUAAUACUGUACAAUAUAUACUUCGUGGUAGAAAAUCACUCAAACUUCCUUGGAUGACAACUCACAUGGAAGCAAAUAUCGGCACUCGAUACGCCCAAUGGCUCUUCCUAACUUGGCUGAUAGAGCCGGUCAUUAGUUCCACAGUGGUCCUCACUCUGGAGACUGUAGAUGAUGAUGUUAAAUACAACAUUGUUAUACUUCUAGCUAUACUCGAUGUCAUACACCUUUUUAGUAUACUUUCCAAAUUCUUUUCAGCAGAGAUGACGGUAGUAGAUGGCAAAUGCAUAAUGCGUUUAGUAAAGCAUAGAAGAUUUCUAAGAUGGGGUUGUUAUUGUGAUAUGAUAUCGCUUUUUGUUCCUCUUCUGACGUUUUUGACUGGAAACUGGUGGUAUCAAUUGGCUAGAUUACUUCGACUACGGUUGCUUUAUGAGUUUCAUAGUUACUUUUGUACAGGCUUUCAGAGCAGAGUUGGACCGAUAAUACUAAAGUUUUUAUCAGUAAUAUUGGUGCUUCACGCUAUGACUUGUGGUUGGAUUAUAGUCGCAUGUAGAGACGAAGUGAUUCCUAUAAAAGUGCCACCUUUACCACCUGAUGUAAAUGCUACAAUUGAUUACUCGGAAUGGAGUUUGCCUCAAGACAGAAAAGGUGGCGGUUGUGCGAGAAUGACGAAGUCUUUUUUAGUAAAUGGCAAAGUAAGAUACGGUUUUAUUGUGCCUAAAACCUGGGCAGCUGAUUAUAUUGUGUCUAUGACGUAUAUAUUAGUGUUAUAUACGAGUACAGAGAUGGAAUCCGUUGUAUCUCUAAGUGAGAAACAAGUAUAUUAUAAAAUUGUCAUUAACUUUGUCAUAUAUCUCAUGGAUAUUUGGAUACUAUCAAUCGCCGUUAGCGCUGUGUAUACUAAAUUAAAUGAUUUGUAUAAAUACGAUUACAAAGUGAUGAAGUUUUUAACAUUUUUAAAAAAUACCGGCUUGUCCCCGACUCUCUUGCAAGCAGUGGACCAUUAUACGAGACAUUUGUGGCAAAGACAGAGAGGUAAUUGGUUACCAGAGUUAGUACAGAAUGCACCGCUAUGCCUUCGUGAAGAUAUUCUUGGAGCUCUCUACUUAUACCAUUUGACGUCGCCACCGUUACUAAAAGAUUUGCCGCAAUAUUUCUUACGUCAAUUGGUGACGAGAUUAAGUAGAGUUGUUAUUUUCCCAGGGAAGAUGAUUGUGCAAGAAGGGGACAUAUAUCCCUGUAUAUAUUUCAUUCAUGAAGGAGAAGUUGAAAAAUGGGGUACAGAUAAAAGCGGUGAAAAAAAGUUGCUAACCGUAUUGACUACGAACGAUUACUUCGGUUUUAUACCCGGCCUUUUUCCCAAUUCACCAUUUUUGUUUUCAUACAUCUCACGUACUGUUGUUGAUAUCGUUUCCUUAACAUAUAAAGAUUGGCAAGAUCUUUUACAAGGAUAUCCCAAAGUUAAAUAUGAUUUGUAUACUGCGGCAAAGCAAUUUAAAAAGGAAAUACAAAAAAUUAAAUUGGUCACUUUUAUUCGAGGAAAUUCAAAUGUUGUCAUUAGAGUGUGUUUUGUAAUUUAGCUAAAAGGGACAGAAGAGUCACGCACCACAUUUCUAUGUUAAUUGUAAUUUUGUUCAUGGACUUCCACGUAAUAAGAAUCCCGGCGGUUUGCGACACGUUUUUAAACGAAGAAAUUGCGCUUUUAAGUGACAAGUCUUUACAUUUUCCGCCCAGACGAAGACGUCAGCAACAGCUAGUAAUAAAUAAGGAAGGGGUAACUACUGAAAUGAUGAUAAUGAACAAUAGCCACCGAGCAGUAUAGACUUUUUAUCAGUCGAUAAAGUAAUUGGGCUUAAUCAGUAUGAGUAUGGACGAAGAAAUUUGCUUUCUAUGUGCUGUGAUAAAAUUCUUAAUUUAUAUU